AUGUCACAGUCACAACCGCGGCUACACUCGACCGAGUCCAAGUCGUCCCAAGAUGCUCUCAUCACAGCUCCCACGGCUGCUCCUGUUGAACUGCGACAAAACAACCCCCAGGACUGUGCCAAUUUGAUCGCGGCCUCUGUGGAUAGAGCGACAGUCGAGAUCUCGAGGACAAUUAUUGCUCUCAACGCGACUUUCAGCCAACAGUUACAGCAAGCUUCAAUCUCGGCUUCCAAUGGCAUCAAAUCCGCACAAAAUUCAGCAUCAUCGUCGAUUUCCAUCGUUUCCCAAAACGCCAGCAGUGCUACCUCGUCUGCCUCGUUCAGUCUGAACCUUGCCAACUUGGCCGUCACCAGUGUGAACUCGGCACUGACCAAUGCAAAUAUCGCCCUGGCCAGCGCCCAGUCACAGGUCGUCGGCGUCAACUUGGUCCUGACGAGCGCAUUGUCCGCCUCAACCAGCGACGUGUUGAGGUUGAGUUCAAGUCUGAGCUCCCUGGAAGCCACUUUGGUUUCAGUCAAGGCUUCAGCCUCUACCGCAGUGGCUCUCGCCGUCAUGAGUCAACAGUCGUUAAAUGAUCCUCAAGUAACAGCAACCAUCUCGCUCGCGCCAAUAGUAUUAGCAGGUAUAGUGGUCGGGACCAUGCUCGCCUCGGUUUUCCUGAGCUUUGCAGUCGGCUUUCUCUUGAUUAGAUCGAGGAACAAAGAGAAGAUUGACUCAUUCAGGGACAGAGGGCCUGCAAGGGACCCAAAGCUGCCACUUACAAGCACUAGCAUGGCAUUCCGUACGGGUAAUUCGGUAGUUAUCAAGUUCAGUCCACCGACGUCCGUACACGACGUUCCGCCAGCACAUGAGCGACAUGGAAGUCUUUCAACCACUCCUUCGGCUUCAGAGAAGAAUCAGAUACCAAUAGCGACUGUCUGGGAUGCCAACGUGGACCCAAAUAACCCUUUUACAUCAAGAACUGAUGGGUGGCCCCUCAAAUCCAGCUUCGCUGACGACUUGGACGGCACAUCCGAUGAACUUUGGUCCAGAGAUACUACGACUUUACCGCACAAUAUGAGCGCACAAAAGUCGGUGUCGAUUCCAGAUUCAUUGAAAACUAUGGAAUUGCAAUUAUACAACGAUCACAACCUCACUCCCGCCAUGAACUUUACAUCACUUCUUGAGAAGGCAGAUGAUAUGGAUAAAGAAUCAGGCGUGCGUCCAAUCCGAGAACACACUCGGGAUUCGUCCUAUGGACUGGCCGUAGAGGAUUCGGAGCAACUGGUGCCAGCCGCAGAAGCACUUGAGGACCCAUUCAAAGACCCCUUUAUGGAACCAUACGAAAGUCUCGUUGAUGGAGUGUCCGAAAAUUCUGUUGAGCAGUCGACCGAACAACUAAAAAAAGUAUCAAGUAACGCCCAGGCCGAUGAUGACCAUCUUGAAGAGCUAGUUGGCCAAGAAGCGAAGAUUCUCUGGAACAAGCCAGACGAAACCCUGCUCGGAGAGGGUGCCGAGGGAUUGGUCACACGUGAAUUCGAAGAUUUGACGCCCGAACCUGCUGCCUCUUCUCCUGUCAUUGUUGCGGACACACAAAACUAUGGUGCGGCGGGCCUUCCUGAGCAGAGCGGAACUACCAGCCAACGAAGGUCCUCCCAGUGCGUACGGACCACACCACCAGAGCAAACACAAGAGCACGUCGCAGGAGAGGAUAGUUUGUCAGGAAUACAGGCCACAGUCAUUCAGUCUCUCCCAAAAUGGAGAGACGGGACUAUUUCACCGCUUCGUCGAAAUCUCAGCGUCGGCUUCCUUGAGAGAAGAUUCGAGCCUCAGAGUCCUGCCGCCAUGGAUGAGGAGAGAGAAGUGUCACCGCUACGAAGAAACCCACCUUUUGAACCUUUUGAAGCUAUAAUUUCUAUCUUGGACGAGCAACAGGGAGGUGUUAUCAAGCUCAAAGAAGGAGGUGCCGAUGAGUACGAAUCGAGGGGCAGGUCGAUGAUUCGGACGUCAGAUAUCAUAGAGGCAAGGCUUUCGGGCUUGGCACAAGCUACCCAGUCACGCGAGGAGACACCGCAGCAAAGAGGAGGAAAAGACGAACUUGACAACUUGCGGCCAGCCAGCCCAGCGCCUCCUCAGCGAUUUGUUGCCUCAGACCAAGCACACAGAAUGCGGGCUCCACCAAAGCGGAAAUCUGUUGGCACGAAGCAAAUAAUAUCUAACAAUGGCUCAUCACGACUCACUUCAAACUCGCUCUCGAGACCGGUCUCCGCCACUUCUGCAGCUGUCACCCCACGACGCGACGAGUCAUCUCCGCUACGCCGCAAUCCUCCAGGCAUUAGCCCAAAUCCCCGGCCGGUAUUGGAUACCAGGCCGUCGGCAAGCAGCAACGCGAAAGAAUUCUCCCAAGCCCUGUCCAAGUUCCAGACACUUGUCUCUCAAAACCCGCAAGACGCGGUCGUUGCGUCCAAUGAAGUGACUUCUCGUGCCAUCGCAGGUAUCUAUAUCCCUGGCAGCUUGAGAGAACAGGCCGUGAGGAAUUUGAGUAAGAGUAGAGAAAGGGCACUGGGGAAAGGCAAAAAGAAUGACUAG